GCCGCGGAAACCGUUAGGCUGCGGCUGAGGGCCGGGACGCCAGCAAGGCUCGGCCCGUCGAGGGGCCCGGCCGCCCCACCCCAUCCCGGGCGCGCGCUGCGCAGAGGGGAGCGGGCGGGGCACGGGACCCGUCGACUUGCCCCGCACCUGCCGGGGCCGAGUCUCGCCCGGACGCGCUCGCGGGGGCGCGGCCGCCCUCCCCUCCGUUCCCCGCCCCCUCUCCGGCGGCCCGCGGCGAGCGUCGCGGCUCCGGAGGGCAGGGGGCGGGCGCGCAGCCCUCGGGAGAGAUCACCCUGCGCCCGCCGCUCUUGCGGCUUUGGCCGCCCAACAGCCGCCGAACUUGAACGCUUUUCGGAGAGCGUUUUCCCCGCUCCCCUGGGGGUUAAAACCUCGAAAACCCGCCCUUGUUUGAUCCGGUGUGGCUGCUGCCUGUACCUGGCGGCUCCUCUCCCCAGAGUUGGAGGGCUAUCCAGCAUAUUAAUGUCUUAUUGAUAAUGGCAGAACAUCCACCACUACUGGAUACAACUCAGAUUUUAAGUAGUGAUAUUUCUCUUCUAUCUGCCCCUAUUGUAAGUGCAGAUGGAACACAACAGGUUAUUCUGGUACAAGUUAAUCCUGGGGAAGCAUUUACAAUAAGAAGAGAAGAUGGACAGUUUCAGUGCAUUACAGGUCCUGCUCAGGUUCCAAUGAUGUCCCCAAAUGGUUCUGUGCCUCCUAUUUAUGUGCCUCCUGGAUAUGCCCCACAGGUUAUUGAAGACAAUGGUGUCCGAAGAGUUGUUGUGGUUCCUCAGGCACCAGAGUUUCACCCUGGUGGUCACACAGUCAUCCACCGUUCUCCACAUCCUCCUCUGCCUGGUUUCAUUCCUGUCCCAACCAUGAUGCCCCCUCCACCACGCCAUAUGUACUCACCAGUGACUGGCGCUGGAGACAUGGCAACACAGUAUAUGCCACAGUAUCAGUCUUCACAAGUUUAUGGAGAUGUAGACGGUCACUCUACACAUGGAAGAUCCAACUUUAGAGAUGAAAGAUCUAGCAAAACAUAUGAACGUUUGCAGAAAAAAUUAAAGGAUCGCCAAGGAACACAGAAAGAUAAGAUGAACAGUCCGCCAUCAUCACCCCAGAAAUGCCCAUCUCCCAUAAAUGAACAUAAUGGGCUUGUAAAAGGGCAGAAUGCCAGUGGUGUAAACACAGGAUCAGCAAAAAACAAAUCAGGAAAAGUGAAAGGUGGUGCACAAGUGGAUACAGAAAUAGAAGAAAAAGAUGAAGAAACUAAAGCAUUUGAAGCACUUCUUUCCAACAUUAUUAAACCGGUGGCCUCUGACAUUCAGGCAAGGACAGUAGUACUUACCUGGUCACCACCUUCAAGCUUCAUUAACGGGGAAACAGAUGAGGCUACUGUGCCAGAGCCCUACAGUUACGAAAUUCUUGUCUCAAGUACUGGAAAAGAUGGGAAAUACAAAAGUCUUUACGUAGGAGAAGAAACAAGUGUCACUUUAAAUGAUCUCAAACCAGCUACAGAUUACCAUGCAAAAGUACAGGCAGAGUCCAAUUCUAUAAAGGGAACUCCUUCAGAAGCUGAAAGCUUUACUACCUUAAGCUGUGAACCUGAUGUACCUAAUCCACCAAGGAUAGCCAAUCGAACCAAAAAUUCACUUACUUUGCAAUGGAAGGCACCUAGUGACAAUGGUUCUAAAAUCCAAAGCUUUAUUUUAGAAUGGGAUGAGGGAAAAGGAAAUGGAGAAUUUUGUCAGUGUUACGUGGGUUUACAGAAGCAAUUUAAAAUUACUAAACUGUCACCAGCAAUGGGUUGUAAAUUUAGACUGUCAGCCAAAAAUGACUAUGGUACAAGUGGUUUUAGUGAAGAAGUUUUAUAUUACACCUCAGGCUGUGCCCCUUCUAUGCCAGCAAGUCCUGUAUUAGCAAAAGCUGGAGUUACUUGGUUGUCCUUACAGUGGAGUAAACCCUCAGGAACACCAUCAGAUGAAGGAAUUUCUUAUAUUUUAGAGAUGGAAGAAGAAACUUCAGGAUAUGGUUUUAAGCCUAAGUAUGAUGGAGAAGAUCUUGCUUACACUGUGAAAAAUCUCAGACGUAGUACAAAGUAUAAAUUUAAGGUUAUUGCUUAUAACUCAGAAGGUAAAAGUAAUCCGAGUGAAGUGGUAGAAUUUACUACCUGCCCUGAUAAACCAGGAGUACCUGUAAAACCUUCAGUUAAAGGAAAGAUACAUUCACACAGUUUUAAAAUAACUUGGGAUCCACCAAAAGACAAUGGAGGAGCACCCAUCAAUAAGUAUGUAGUGGAGAUGGCAGAAGGUUCUAAUGGAAACAAAUGGGAUAUGAUAUACAGUGGCGCUACUAGGGAACAUCUUUGUGAUCGGCUGAAUCCAGGCUGUUACUAUCGUUUACGAGUUUACUGCAUUAGUGAUGGAGGACAGAGUGCGGUCUCUGAAUCUUUACUUGUGCAGACUCCAGCUGUACCUCCCGGCCCAUGCCUCCCUCCAAGAUUACAGGGUAGACCCAAAGCAAAAGAAAUACAGUUACGAUGGGGACCCCCUCUAGCUGAUGGUGGAUCACCUAUUUCCUAUUAUGGUGUGGAAAUGUCUUCUCCAGAAAAAGAUGAACCCAGAGAAGUAUACCAAGGCUCUGAAUUGGAAUGUACAGUGAGCGGCCUUCUUCCUGGAAAGAUGUACAGCUUUAGACUGCGUGCAGCUAACAAAAUGGGGUUUGGACCAUUUUCAGAAAAGUGUGAUAUUACUACAGCCCCUGGACCACCAGAUCAAUGCAAACCCCCGCAAGUAACGUGCAGAUCUGCAACUUGUGCACAAGUGAAUUGGGAGAUUCCUUUGAGUAAUGGAACCGAUGUCACUGAGUAUCGAUUGGAGUGGGGCGGAGUUGAAGGAAGUAUGCAGAUAUGUUAUUGUGGGCCUGGCCUCAGUUAUGAAUUAAAGGGACUUUUACCAGCAACCACCUAUUAUUGCAGAGUCCAGGCUCUGAGUGUUGUGGGUGCAGGCCCUUUCAGUGAAGUAGUAGCUUGUGUGACUCCACCAUCAGUUCCUGCCAUUGUGACUUGUCUUCAAGAAAUAAGUGAUGAUGAUAUAGAAAAUCUCCAUUAUUCACCUUCUACAUCCCUUGCAAUAAGCUGGGAAAAGCCUUGUGAUCAUGGUUCAGAAAUCCUUGCCUACAGCAUAGACUUUGGAGAUAAACAGCCCUUGACAGUGGGAAAGAUUACAAGCUAUGUAAUAGACAAUUUACAACCAGAUACAACAUACAGAAUACGAAUUCAAGCCUUGAAUAGCCUUGGAGCUGGUCCUUUCAGCCAUAUGAUAAAAUUGAAAACUAAGCCCCUCCCUCCUGACCCACCUCGUCUGGAAUGUGUUGCCUUUAACCACCAGAACCUUAAGCUGAAAUGGGGAGAAGGAACCCCAAAGACAUUGUCAACAGAUUCUAUCCAGUAUCACCUUCAGAUGGAGGAUAAGAAUGGAAGGUUUGUAUCCUUGUACAGAGGACCAUGUCAUACAUAUAAAGUACAAAGACUUACUGAGUCAACAUCCUAUAAAUUCUGUAUUCAAGCUUGUAAUGAAGCUGGAGAAGGGCCCUUCUCCCAAGAAUAUAUUUUCACUACUCCAAAAUCUCUUCCAGCUGCUUUGAAAGCCCCCAAAAUAGAGAAAUUAAAUGAUCACAUUUGUGAAAUUACUUGGGAAUGUUUACAGCCGAUGAAAGGUGAUCCAGUUAUUUACAGUCUUCAAGUUAUGAUGGGAAAAGAUUCAGAUUUCAAACAGAUUUACAAAGGUCCCGACUCUUCCUUCCGGUAUUCCAGCCUCCAACUGAACUGUGAAUAUCGCUUCAGAGUGUGUGCCAUUCGCCAGUGCCAAGAUCCUAUGGGGCACCAGGACCUAGUAGGUCCCUACAGCACCACGGUGCUCUUCAUCUCUCAGAGGACAGAACCACCAGCCAGCACCAACAGAGACACUGUGGAAAGCACCCGGACCCGGCGCACACUUAGUGACGAGCAGUGUGCUGCUGUCAUCCUUGUGCUGUUUGCUUUUUUUUCCAUUUUGAUUGCCUUUAUCAUUCAGUACUUUGUAAUCAAGUGAAAAUAUAACUUUAUUUUAACACUGUAUUACAUCUUAUUUUGUCAUGUACUAAAAUUAUUUCUGUAACGCUUUUACAAAAACGAUGGCAUUUAGCACUGGCAUUGAAACUAUAGCACAUCAUUUUUUGCCAUUUUCAGUGCUCAUAUUGUUAGGUAGAGGCUGGCACUUUAUUAGAAUGCAAGCCACAGAAAUAUCAAUUUGGGGUGGGUUUUUGGUUGGUACUUUGACUUCUCUCUCUCUCUCUCUCUCUCUCUCUUUUUUUUUUUUUUUUGACAUGCCUUCUUAUAAAACAAACUUUCUAAGAGACAACAAUUUAUAAUUGAUAAUUUCAACCAGUCACCAUGAGAGAAACAAUGAUAACCUGAUAAAUAUUAUUACCAAGUGAAAAAUUCAGAAUGACUAGAAUUUACACUAAUGUGCUAUAUUAAAAUGUUAAAGUCUGAUGCUGUGAAAGCAAUCUAGUGCUAUAUUUCUACCUCCUCAUUUGUCUUAAUUAUUUGGUAAGUGGGAUUAUGAUGAAUAACUGGAGGGGCUUAGCAAAAACUGGAUGAAAGAAUAUGUGUGAAAAGGAACCUUCUUGUUUGAUAAAUGUGGAGUUCUUCAUUACAAGUAUAUAUUCAUGGCUUCACAGAUAAGUCACUUAAAGAAAGCACAGGCAGUUUACUUGGCCUAAAAAUAUUUCAAUGUUUACUCCAAAAGUACCUCUUCAAGUCUUGAGAACAUGGAAAAACAGACUUUUAGGUAGUAACUUUAAAAAAAAAAAAAUCAUCAUAAAACCAACUCUGAAUUUCAAACCUACUUGGCUUGUUUUGUGAGCCUUUGGAC